AUGGAUUUAUUGACCCUAAAAAACGUGUGCCCGGCAGGGAGGCAAGCUUUAGGUUGCUUUGCGAUUUCGUUAUUAACUUUUUCUAUUUCAUUAUAUUCUGGCUCAACUCUGGGAUAUACGUCAGAACUAUGGGCUCUUACUUACUGGGGUCCAGCACUCUAUUUUUGCUUGUUUAACUUCAUUUUAAGAUACUGUUACAAGGGUUUCUCAUAUGAGGUCUCAGUACGGUCAGCAUUUUUAGGUGCAACCUUUGCGACGGGCAUGUAUCUUGCUUCUUUUGAAAAUGGCUUUAGUGUUUUUGGGUGGUACGUGAUGAUAUUGUCCAUGUUUCAUUUCUCCGAGUUCAUGGCAGUUGCAUUGACAAACCCGAGAACUCUGACUGUGGACUCGUUUAUACUGAACCAUAGUGUGCAAUAUGGAGUAGCAGCAGUUGCCAGUUGGACAGAAUGGGCUGUGGAGUUUUACUUCUUCCCAGGUAUGAAGACUUACUUUUGGCUGUCUCAUGUUGGCAUACUAAUGUGCAUUGGUGGGGAACUACUCCGGAAAGGAGCCAUGUUUACAGCUAAAACUAAUUUCAACCAUACAGUACAGUUCGUAAAGCGUCCAGAUCACGAGUUGGUGACGCACGGUGUGUAUGCGCUGUGCCGACACCCCAGCUACGUGGGCUGGUUCUACUGGUCCGUCGGCACUCAGGUAACGCUUCUCAACCCCGUAUGCCUGAUGGUUUACGCGCUCGCGUCUUGGACAUUCUUCCGCGAGCGAGUGUAUGCGGAGGAAUUGACAUUACUGUCAUUCUUCGGAGAAAAGUACGCGGCGUACCAACGCGCCGUCGGCACUGGAUUGCCGGCCAUACGCGGCUGUGUACCGGGUGUCCAGCAAGACCUUAGGGAAGACCACUGGAGCUAUUAG